AUGCCAAUCAGGUCUAGUCCUCUUGCUGGAAACUUGGAGGAUACCAAUGGCGUGAUAGGGAAAUAUGGGGACUUAAACAUGUUUCAUGAUGCUGCAAAGUUCAGGGAAAGGCUUGACCCAAAGAAGGAGAAAAUCCCACCUCAUGUUUUGCAAGUCAUAGAAGAAGAAUUAACAAAAUUGCAAUUAUUGGAAGCUAGUUCGAGUGAAUUUAACGUGACACGUAAUUAUCUUGAUUGGUUGACUGCAUUGCCUUGGAGUGAAUACAGUGAUGAGAACUUUGAUGUAAUACGGGCACAAAAUAUUCUCGACGAAGACCAUUAUGGAUUAACUGACGUCAAAGAAAGGAUAUUGGAGUUUAUAGCUGUGGGGAAACUAAGAGGAACCUCACAAGGUAAAAUCAUAUGCCUCUCUGGGCCUCCAGGGGUAGGAAAAACUAGUAUUGGUCGUUCAGUUGCCCGGGCCUUGAACCGUAAGUUUUACCGGUUUUCAGUUGGUGGUUUGUCCGAUGUUGCUGAAAUUAAGGGGCAUCGUCGAACAUAUAUUGGUGCCAUGCCGGGGAAGAUGGUGCAAUGUUUGAAAAGUGUGGGAACAGCUAACCCUCUGGUUCUGAUAGAUGAGAUAGACAAGUUGGGAAGGGGACACGCUGGUGAUCCAGCAAGUGCAAUGCUGGAACUUCUCGAUCCAGAGCAGAAUGCAAACUUUCUAGACCACUACCUUGAUGUUCCAAUUGAUUUAUCGAAGGUUUUGUUUAUUUGUACUGCAAAUGUAGUGGAAAUGAUACCGAACCCUCUCUUGGAUAGAAUGGAAGUAAUUUCAAUUGCUGGUUAUAUUACUGAUGAGAAAAUGCACAUUGCAAAAGAUUAUUUGGAGAAAGCUACUCGUGAAGCUUGUGGUAUCAAGCCUGAACAGGUUGAGGUGACAGAUGCGGCCCUUCUUGCUUUAAUUGACAAUUACUGCAGAGAAGCUGGAGUCCGGAAUCUUCAAAAGCAAAUAGAGAAGAUAUACCGAAAGAUUGCUCUACAACUUGUGCGAGGAGGAGGACAUGUUGAACCUAAUGUUACUGGGGUUCAGGUUCAACCUGAUGAGGUGAAGGCAGAAUCUGAUCUUGUGUCAAAUGAAACCAUGAUUGAAGGAGUAGGGGCUGGUUCAGUUGAUGGCAGCACCGAUGGAAAGAAUUCUGAAAACGACACGGAAGCUGAAAUAGUGGAGGUGGAUUCCCCAGCUGAACAAAUUCCAUCUAUUAAUCAAUCCAGUACUUUGGAGGACACUUCCGAGGCUGGAAAAAUACAGGAAAGUGAAGGAACCAGCACUGAGAAAAAAGUCUUGGUCGAUACAUCUAACCUUGUCGAUUUUGUUGGCAAGCCUGUUUUCCAUGCUGAGCGCAUUUAUGAUCAAACACCAGUUGGAGUUGUAAUGGGUCUUGCUUGGACUGCAAUGGGUGGCUCUACGCUCUAUGUAGAGACCUCUAACAUUGAGCAAGGAGAAGGCAAGGGGGGCCUUAAUAUUACAGGACAACUUGGAGAUGUGAUGAAGGAAAGCGCGCAGAUUGCUCACACCGUUGCCCGGGCCAUAUUGCUCGAGAAGGAUCCAGACAACCCCUUCUUUACCAAUUCAAAGCUUCAUCUUCAUGUUCCUGCUGGUGCCACCCCAAAGGAUGGUCCAAGUGCUGGUUGCACCAUGAUAACGGCCUUGCUAUCUCUUGCCAUGAAUAAGCAUGUUAGGAAGGACCUAGCGAUGACUGGAGAAGUCACACUAACUAGAAAAAUUCUUCCCAUUGGUGGGGUUAAGGAAAAGACGAUUGCUGCAAGGCGGAGUGACAUAAAGACCAUCAUCUUCCCUUCAGCUAACCGGAGAGAUUUUGAUGAGCUAGCACCAAAUGUGAAGGAAGGCCUCGAGCAAGAAAUCCAGAAUUGUUCCGAAGAGUCGGGCCCUUUAGGUUUGACACUGCGAAAAACGCCAUCUUUUGUCGAUCUAGUGGAGAUGACACUCGCGAAUGGAAAUCAAGAAGACCAUUCGACUUCGACGUCGAGGUCGACGGCUCUUGGCUUAAACAAGAAUAGUUCUCGAAUGGGUAAUGAGCAUUUAAAGGCUACCAAUUUCCCUGCAACUUUGCUUCGAAUUGGAACAUGGGAGUGGAGAGCAAUAUUUGAAGGUGACUUGAUAGCAAAGAUAUACUAUGCAAAGAAAAAAAUUGUUUGGGAGAUUCUACAAAGACCAUUGAAGAAUAAGAUCGAAAUUCAAUGGUCUGAUAUUAGUGCAAUUCGAGCCAGUAUGCCUGAAAAUGAAGUUGCAACUCUGGAAAUUGAGUUGAAUCAACCGCCUUUAUUCUACUGCGAAACCGAUCCCCAACCGCGAAAACAUUCUGUUUGGAAACCGUCGAUUGAUUUUACGGGAGGACAAGCUUCGAUUUGGAGGAGACACUACGUUCAAUUUGCUCCCAAAACCCUCGAUAAACACUACCAAAGGCUUUUGCAUAAUGAUGAACGACUAUUUUCAUUGAGCCAUGAACUCUUCCCGAGCCAAGAAUCCACUUUUUUCUCUUUCGAUACCAUCUCGGAAUUUCUCCCUCGAAUGCUAUAUCCAUAUCAAAAUUAUACCCCACCAAUAACAAUGGCACCUCAUAUGUUUCCUUCAAAUUCAACAUCAGGGAUUGUGAAUCAAAACCAGACUUUUUGGGGACAAGCAGAAGAUAUUCAAGAUGCAUCGUCUAUUAAAUCGGUAACACAAUCUUCCAAUCUAGUUUUCGACUAUCCUUACUCGGAUAAUGUGGGAUCUCAAGUUGUAAGUUCUGAUGAGAUGGGCCACCUUGUCAAUGUCGAAUCAAUGAAUUCAUUGCUAGAUCUACUGGAUGCGACUCCUAACGAUGGACUUAAUCCGUUAGAUGCAUAUCCUAAUAAUCAAGUGGUUCAGAAUGACAUCGAAAAUUCCAUAUCGGAUGGUUUCUGUCCACAACCUAUGAAUCGGAUAGCUCAAGAAUCUGAAGAAAACCUUGUGUUGCAACCGGAAGUAAACUUGGUCGAUCCAUUUGAAUUUGAAGGAUCGAUGGAUGAAGAUUCUUCUACUUGGAAUUCUACUCCGAAUAUGUUCGGAGUUUUCUAUUCAUAA